CUGCUCCAAAUGGAGGGGGAGGGGAGGUGUUUGGGAGAAAGUGGGGGCUUGGGGUGUCAGAAGCCCGCAGCCUGGUGGACGCAGGGGGUCAGCAGCUGGGCUGCAACCGCUGGCGAGGAGUUCAAGUUGUGCAUGUGUGAGGGAAGAGGGGGAGAGACAAGGGUGUCUCAGAGGUGACAUUCUCUCAGCCUGCGAGUCUUCUUCCCGGGGCGCCAUAAACGCCCCCAAUUUCCCAGCUGCUAAAGGAAGAGGAGGAAGAUCUUAGCAAAGCCAUGUCUCAGGAUGGUGCUUCUCAGUUCCAAGAAGUCAUUCGACAAGAGCUAGAAUUAUCUGUGAAGAAGGAACUGGAAAAAAUACUUACCACAGCGCCAUCACAUGAGUUUGAGCACACUAAAAAAGACCUUGAUGGAUUUCGGAAGCUAUUCCAUCGAUUUUUGCAAGAAAAGGGACCUUCUGUGGAUUGGGGGAAAAUCCAGAGACCUCCAGAAGAUUCGAUUCAGCCCUAUGAAAAGAUAAAGGCCAGAGGCUUACCUGAUAAUAUAUCUUCUGUACUAAAUAAGCUGGUGGUGGUGAAACUCAAUGGUGGUUUGGGAACCAGCAUGGGCUGCAAAGGUCCGAAAAGUCUGAUUGGUGUGAGGAAUGAGAAUACCUUUUUGGAUCUGACCGUUCAGCAAAUUGAACAUUUGAACAAAACCUACAAUACAGAUGUUCCUCUUGUUCUAAUGAACUCUUUUAACACGGAUGAAGAUACAAAAAAAAUACUACAGAAGUACAAUCAUUGUCGUGUGAAAAUCUACACUUUUAAUCAAAGCAGGUACCCGAGGAUUAAUAAGGAAUCUUUACUGCCUGUAGCAAAGGAUGUCUCGUACUCAGGGGAAAAUACAGAAGCUUGGUACCCUCCAGGUCACGGUGAUAUUUACGCCAGUUUCUACAACUCUGGUUUGCUUGACACCCUUAUAGGAGAAGGCAAAGAGUAUAUUUUUGUGUCCAACAUAGAUAAUCUGGGUGCCACUGUGGAUCUUUAUAUUCUUAAUCAUCUAAUGAACCCACCCAAUGGGAAACCCUGUGAAUUUGUCAUGGAAGUCACAAAUAAAACACGUGCAGAUGUAAAGGGUGGGACCCUCACUCAGUAUGAAGGCAAACUGAGACUGGUGGAAAUCGCUCAAGUGCCAAAAGCACAUGUUGAUGAGUUCAAGUCUGUAUCAAAAUUCAAAAUAUUUAACACAAACAACCUGUGGAUCUCUCUUGCGGCAGUUAAAAGACUGCAAGAGCAAAAUGCUAUUGAUAUGGAAAUCAUCGUGAAUCCAAAGACUUUGGAUGGAGGCCUGAAUGUCAUUCAGUUAGAAACUGCAGUAGGGGCUGCCAUUAAAAGUUUUGAGAACUCUCUAGGUAUUAAUGUUCCUAGGAGCCGUUUUCUACCUGUCAAAACCACAUCAGAUCUUUUGCUUGUGAUGUCAAACCUCUAUAGCCUUAAUGCAGGAUCUUUGACAAUGAGUGAAAAGAGGGAAUUUCCUACAGUACCCUUGGUUAAAUUAGGCAGUUCUUUUACAAAGGUUCAGGAUUAUCUAAGGAGAUUUGAAAGUAUACCAGAUAUGCUUGAAUUGGAUCACCUCACAGUUUCAGGAGAUGUGACAUUUGGCAAGCAUGUUUCACUAAAGGGAACAGUUAUCAUCAUUGCAAAUCAUGGUGACCGAAUUGACAUCCCACCUGGAGCAGUAUUAGAGAACAAGAUUGUAUCUGGGAACCUUCGGAUCUUGGACCACUGAAAUGAAAAAAAAAAAAAAAAUACUGUGUACACUUCAUACUAAUUAUGGGCUAAACAGUUUCUUAACGAUGAAAUGUUCUCUAGGAUUCUAAAAUUGGCAGGUACUUUACUAUGCUACUGUACCCUGCAGUGUUAAUUUUUAAAGUAGAGUUUGCAAUAUGCUUUUAGUCCAAGAAAAGCACAGUUGGAAGCAAUACUUUUCUUUAAUGAGGAUCCUGAAAGUUCAUCUUAAAGUGCAAUAUUGUUUAAUCUUAAAACUGGGGCAGCUCUGCUGGAACAUCUUUGAACAGAGGCCUCAAUGAUGGUCACUUUGAAUUGCUUGUGAUUUAAAAAAUAAA